GCUAGGGUUUUGUCUGUUCAAUCUCGCGAGAGGGUUUAGAUCGUAGGGUUUUGGUUUGAUCGUCUCGGGCUGAUUUAGCCGCGGAGGACUAACUUCGGUUUCGCAGAACAAAAGUCCUCUGUUGUGUUCUUUCCAAGAUCUUUGUUGGAUUUUGGGAUACUUACAAGAGUUCAGGAGGAAUGGGGGAAGUUGAUCUUUCGAAGCAUCCUUCAGGCAUUGUCCCAAUAAUUCAAAACAUCGUGUCAACCGUCAACUUGGAUUGCAGAUUGGACUUAAAGACAAUUGCUCUCAAGGCUCGUAAUGCAGAGUACAAUCCCAAUCGUUUUGAUGCUGUUAUUAUGAGAAUCAAGGAGCCGAAAACGACAGCUUUGAUUUUUAUCUCAGGGAAGAUGGUUUGCACAGGAGCAAAGGACGAGGAACAGUCAAAAUCUGCUGCUAGGAAGUAUGCUCGAAUCGUUCAGAAGCUUGGAUUUCCAGCUAGAUUUAAGGACUUUAAGAUCCAGAACAUCGUGGGAUCGUGUGACGUGAAGUUCCCUAUCAGACUUGAAGGUCUCUCAUGCUACCAUUACGCGUUCACAAGCUAUGAGCCAGAGAUAUUUCCGGGCGCUAUUUACCGCAUGAAGCACCCAAAGGUCGUGCUCCUCCUAUUCGUUUCCGGAAAGAUUGUAAUAACUGGAGCUAAGGUGAGAGAUGAUGUAUACAGAGCCUUCGAGAACAUAUACCCGGUGCUUGCGCAAUUCAAAAAGGUCCAACUAUGUGUACAAGAUGCUCAGCCUUCAAGCCCUUGCAAGUGAAUGGAGUGUCUUGAAAUGGCAACAAAGAAGUUAGAAAGAGUCCUUAGAAGACGAGAAACUCUCGUGUUGGCCUUUCGAAAUUUGGUUUAGUAUAAUCAAAUAUUAUAUUAGGGAUCAAAACGGUCCGUUUAUGAAAUUACUUGCCGUGGAAGCAAAAGGAACUUCGCUUCAUCUGCAGAUUCAUGUCUUUAAUACUUACCCUAAUUCUUUACUUGAAUA